AUGAUUAAGGGUGUUAGAGAUCACCAAAAUAAUUGGGUGGAAGAAAUUGAAGACAUUGCUGGAGUGGCGACAGAAUAUUUUGAGAAUAUUUUUAAAUCAGGUUCAUGUGACAGGAUGGAAGAAUGCCUCAGUGCAGUGCAACACAAGGUGACCUUAGAAAUGCAAGAAGUACUGUCCAGGGAGUAUAGUGCUGAAGAAGUCAAAAAUGGCAUUAUUCCAAAUGGGGCCAAUAAAAGCACUGGGACCCGAUGGUAUGAAUGCUCUUUUUUAUCAGAAAUUUUGGCAUGUGAUAAUGUGCUUGUUGCAUACGAGACACUCCAUUCUAUGCACUGCAAGAAAUCAGGAAAGAAAGGAUUCCUAGCACUAAAGCUGGAUAUUAGCAAAGCUUAUGACCGGAUUGAGUGGAAUUUUCUCAGGAACAUUAUGCUCAGGUUAGGCUUUCCAAAGCAAGGAGAUCCCCUUUCACCCUACUUGUUCCUUUUAUGUGCUGAGGGGUUUACAGCACUAUUGGAUAGAGCAAAAGAAGAGGGACGACUUCAUGGGGUCUCUAUUUGUUGGAGAGCUCCAACCAUAUCCCACCUUUUAUUUGCUGAUGAUUCCUUACUGUUUUGUCAAGCCAACCAGGAUGAUGUGAGGUGUAUUUCAGAUGCUCUUCAGUUAUUUGCAGCCGCUUCUGGGCAAUGUAUCAAUUUUGAGAAAUCCUCAUUCUUCUUUAGCAAUAACAUGAAGGAUGAGGUAAGAGAACAAAUAAAGAGGGAGUUGAGGGUAAAGGAGGUUGAGCGGUUUGAGUCUUAUUUGGGAUUGCCUACUUUGGUUGGAAGGGUAAAAUAUCAGACUUUUUCCUUCUUGAAGGAUAGAGUUUGGAAGAAGAUUCAAAGUUGGAAAGGAAAAUUACUCUCUAGAGUUGUUAAGGAAGUAUUGAUUAAAGUGGUUGCCCAAUCAAUCCCUACUUAUACAAUGGGAGUAUUCCUUUUACCGGUCAAGCUUUGCAAUGAAUUUAAUGCAAUGUAUGUUAGGUUUUGGUGGGGUCAGGUUGGAGAUGAGAAGAAAAUUUAUUGGAAGAGUUGGAGUGCAUUAUCUAAACCUAAAAAGGAAGGUGGGAUGGGUUUCAGAGAUUUGAGAAAUUUCAACCUUGCAAUGCUAGCAAAACAAGGGUAG